UUAAGAGAGUGCUCCUCACGUACUUCAUUCUUCGCAUCACCAUACACUAUCUCCCCUUAUUAUUAUUUUUAUUUAUUUAUUUAUACAACACUUUGAGAGAAAGAAAAUAUACCAAUCGUAUUGCUACUCUAAACGGAGAAGAUGAAGCUGCUCUGUUUCUGUAUAUUCUUCUUCCUCUUUCAACUGAUAUUUAUAUCAGCUACAGUUCUAUUGAAACCCGUUGCUGCAAUUUUACCAAAGUCUCAUACUUCGCCAAAGAAUUUACCGUCAGUAGAUCUUUUGUCUUCCACCCAUUAUCUUAAAACAUGCCCACAAGCUGAAGGAAUCAUCCAUGACAAGGUGAAAGGAUGGUUUCAGAGGGAUUAUACAUUGGCUGCUAGCCUCAUUCGCUUACACUUCCAUGAUUGUGCUGUUAGAGGAUGUGAUGCUUCAAUUUUGUUGAACCACAAAGGAAGCGAAAGGAGGGCUUUGGGGAGCAAGACACUAAGAGGUUUCCAAGUAAUAGAUGAUAUUAAAGCAGAAAUAGAGAAACGAUGUCCAAAAACUGUCUCGUGUGCAGACAUUCUUACUGCUGCUGCUAGAGAUGCAACUGUUCUACUUGGAGGUCCAUUUUGGGAAGUCCCAUUUGGUCGUAAAGACGGAAAAAUUUCCUUCGCCAGAGAAGCUGAUAUGGUUCCUCAGGGCCAUGAAAAUGUUACUUCUUUGAUUGAUUUUUUCCAAGAAACAGGCUUGACAAUACUUGACUUGGUGGUCCUUUCAGGUUCACACACAAUAGGCAGGACCACUUGUCAUUCAAUCCUGCAGAGGCUGGCUAAGUUUGAUCCAACACUUGACAGGAAAUAUUUAAGAAACUUGACAAGAACAUGUAAAUGGAGCUCGGACUAUGUCAACCUUGAUGUCUCAACUCCAAAAAUUUUUGAUAUAGAGUAUUACAAGAAUCUUGGAAAGAAAAUGGGCUUGUUAUCAACUGAUCAAGCACUCUACUUGGAUCCAAGAACUGCACCUUUUGUUUCUGCAUUGCAAACUCAGCCUGACCUCUUCUUUAACCAAUUUUCUGUGUCUAUGGUGAAUCUUGGAAACGUUCAAAUCCCAACUCCUUUAAAUCAGAAAGAGAUUAGAAUGACUUGCAAUUAUGUCAAUCCUUGAAGGAUAGCAUACUGUCCAUAGCUUCUUUUUUUUUUUUGGCUUGUCAGAAGCUACGUUUCGAUUAUGUCAAUUCUUGUUUUUGUCUGUUCUUUUAAUUGUUUUUAUAGUCCCUUAAUU